CCCCCCCCCCCCACCCACAGGGGAGAGAGCCUGCCGGGAGUCUCACUGGGUCCCAUACGCAAGGCGGAUCUGAAACAUUCCGUGAGAAUAAGAAAUGGUGGAAAUUCGUGAGAAAACCAUUACUAACGGACUAUCCAUCCAUGAAAAAGCACCUUGGUGAAUCUGUGUAUGCUGAAAGGCUGGUAAAAGAUAUUAUGGGCCAGGGUAGAGAAGCUAUGCUGGGAUUUUGGAAGAGUCUUUGUCCUACAGAGUGAACAACCUCACCCCAACCUGCUGGGGGCGCUGGAUGAACUCACCCACACAGGGGAUCAGCUGGAGAGGAACAUUACUUUGGACAAGGAGGGACAUCAACUACACGAUGAUCUCAAAGCCUGCCAGUCACAGCACAGACAGAGUCUAAUGGAGAAAACGGAGAACCUGGUGGAACGGAGAGCCCCAGGAUGGACCUGUGAGAGUUUCAGUACCUCUGAGUGCUAUUUAGAUGUUGUCAUUGUCUCCAGCCAGCACUUCAGGACACCCACCCAACACGAAGUCAUAGAAAGAGGGGAAACGGCUCAGAGUAACCUGGAGAGGAUUAGCCCUAAGCGGCUGUUCCGCUGGUGCCACAGAAAGAGAUGUGUGCCACAGGCAGUGCUGGUGAGCGGAGUGCCAGGGGUGGGGAAAACCACAUUAAUGCAGAAGUUUGUCUAUGACUGGGCCGCCAAUGGGAACCUCUACCAGAGAUUUGCCUUUGUCUUCUCCUUCAAAUUCCGGGAUCUCAAUAAUAAGGAGGAGCUGAGCCUGGCACAGAUGAUUAUUAAUGAAUAUCCCUAUCUACACAGUCAGCUUGACAGAAUAUUACACAAUCCUAAGCAUCUACUCUUUAUUUUUGAUGGCCUGGAUGAAAGCAAAUAUCAAAUUGAUUUAAAUCAAAAUCAACUGUGCACCAACCCCUGUUCCAUACAGACAGUUAGUGCGAUUGUGUCCAGUUUGGUGAGACAGUCUCUCCUUCCCGGCUGUUCUGUCCUAAUAACCAGUCGCCCAACCAGACUAGCAACAGUUGACUAUUCCAUCUUUAACAGAAUAUCUGAAAUUAUGGGCUUUUUUUCCCAACAAAAGAGAAAAGUAUUUUCUGCAUUUUUUUAGAGAUUAUACAAUGGGGGAGAAGGCUUUCCAUUAUGUGAGGGAGAACGGGAUGCUGUACACAUUCUGCUACAUCCCAUCCUACUGCUGGAUCAUCUGUACCGUCUUAUCCAUGUGCUUCAGGGCCCAAAGGGCAAACUCAGCGCAGACUGUGGAAUUUCUUCCCAAAACGGUCACACAGCUUUAUGCCAGUUUUAUUAGUAACAUCCUUGCCAAUCACUGCCAGGCAGGGUCUAUUGAUAAGAAUUUCCUGAUAUCCAUUGGCCGGAUGGCAGAGUAUGGGGUAAAUAGUCGCAUUCUUUCAUUUACUAGAGAACUUUUAGCCGUAUAUAGUGUGGAUACUUCGUCACAUUUAGCUACAAGCUUUGUGAUGGAGAGUGGGCAGCCUCCCCACGUGUCCUAUUCCUUCUUGCAUCUAACCAUACAGGAGUUCAUGGCUGCCUUGGGUCACUACCUUGACUAUUACCCUGAGGGGCUGCAGAAGGCUCUUGAGGAGGCAAAAUUAACAGAAGACGGCCGUGGGGAAAUAUUCCUUCGUUUCAUAUCAGGACUAUCUGACAGUUCCACCAGAUCCCUGUUGAAGCCGUAUGUAGGGGAUUUAUCCGCUCCAGCCGCCAAACAUGUUAUCAGCUUUCUCCAGAAUCUUAUUCCUACCCCACAGACACAAUAUGAUGACUGUAGGGAAGUUCUCAAUGUAUUUGCCCGUCUUGCAGAAUCCCAGUACAAGGAACUUGUGUCCUCAUCCAUCGGAUCAAACAGACAAUUUCAGUUUUCUGAAUUUUACCUGGCGCCUCUGGACUGCACAGUGUUGGCUUUCAUCCUGGAAUCCUGUAGGGAAACAGAACUUCUAAACCUUGGUAUCUGUUUUAUUCAGACAGAAGGACUGGAGAGACUCACAGCGGUUCUACACACUGUUACUGAUGUCAGACUCACAAAAAACAAUCUGAGGGAUGAGGACAUGGCGCACAUUUAUUCCAUAUUAACCCGCCCAGAUUGCCGAAUCCAAAGGCUCAGCCUGAGGAACAACGGCCUGAGGGAGGGAAGCUGUGCUCUGCUGGCCUGGGCAAUUCAUGAAAACACAUCCCUGAGGGACCUGGAUCUGUCGAAUAACAAACUGGCCGGGGAGGAUUUCUAUCAGUUGCUGAUGGUUCUGUCUGACCCAGCCUGUAGGAUAGAGCGUUUGGCACUCCAGGAGGCCAAGCUGACCCCAGAAUACACCGAGUCGUUCCUCUCCCUGACUAACAACCCCAACCUCAUGUCCCUCAAUAUCAGCACCAAUUUCUUUGGCAACGCUGGUUACCCCCAUAUACAGAAACUUAUACUGGAGCACCCCAGCCUGAGGGAGAUCAGAGAGAAGCCAAAGCGGAGUGGAUUUAGGCACACAAACUCAAUGGUGUGUGUAUUUGCCCCAAUAUCUGCUCCAUGUGCCAUACCUGGCGCCAUGACUGUCAGUGCACUGGUUGGAAAUGAACGCCUUUUCAGAGCAAACAAAAAGAAACCUGUUGAGGUUACAGAACAACAAACCAGAAGUGACUGUUAUUUGGGAUAAGUGAAUGGGAACAAGUGGGUCUGUGUCACAUUUCCCCAAUAAUAAUGUGCUACUCCAUCAAACCCAGUGAUGAAUAAAUUACUUUAUAAAUACAAA